AAAACUGUUUCUUUAUUUUCUCUUCCUUCUGUGCUUCAAUCUCAUUCAAUGCCACCAAUGAGAGCUGUUGCGUGUCUUAAUAAACUCUCUCAGCCAUGAAAAAACAAACCCUCAUCAAGAAAAAGAAAGAAAAGAAAAGGAAGUUGCAAGAAUAUGAUCUUAACCUUAAUGAAGUUCAUGCUUCCUCGUACUAUGGAUUGGAUUGGACGGUAGUUGCACAUUGUGUCUGUUACAAACUUACAGUUAAUGGAUAGGGGUUAGGGAACAUGAGGUUCACUUUGUGUAUUGUAUACAAUGUCUGAUAGAGAUUCAAAGAAGACAAGGUUGUCUGAUAUUCAUCAGAAUAACUGUGGAGAUGUAGAAUCUGGUGUUUGUUCACAGGAGAAAGAUUUCACUUCUUCACUGAUAGAAAUUACUGAUGUUUCCCCUCUUUGUUUUGAGUACCAUGGGUGGUCAGAGGAGGGGAUUAACCUUUGUGUCGAUUUGAAUUCAUCCCCAUCUUAUUGGGCUAACAAGUAUAGAAAUGAGGUAUGUGUGAGUGAGAAUGUGUGUAUGAUGAAUGAAUGUAGGAGUCUUCUGCAGGAUCUUGGUUGCUUAGGAGGGAGUUCUUCACAAGGAAAAGGUAUAAAUGAAAAGCAAUCCACUGCCUUAGGUUUAGUCAGAUAUGCUGCACCAAACAAUUAUCUUUCUGGUGCUGAAUCUUGUGCUGAAGAUGUAUCUGAGAAAACCCUUAAGGCUAUUAAUACUCCAUUCAUUAAAUUCAUAUGUGGUUCCGAGACACUAAAGCAUCAUGAUUCAAAUCCUGGUGAUGAAAUUUUUGAAGAUGGUGGACUCCCAGAUUUAGUUGAUCCUAAGAACGAUUUAGUUGUGGAACAGGGAAAUUCAAGGGAGAUUGAUUUGGAUACUGAUGUGAAGAAUAUCCCUUCAUUUGCUGAAGAAGAGGAGGUGGGAAAAAAUGUUAAGGGAAGGGAGAAUUCAGAAUGCUACCAAUUUGAUGAGCCGCUUGAAAAGUGUGGUGAUCAGGAAUAUAAAAUGAAACAUCAGAAGAAAAACAGACACUCAAAGGGUCAAAGUUGCAGUGAUAAAGGUGUUGGAAUGUUCUUAAGAAGCAUGAAGAAAUCUGUGACAGUUCGGCCUAGAAGAUCCACACGGCUAUUCUCCAAGGUGCUUCAACAAUCACUGCAUUAAAUAGAAUUAGUAACAAAGCCGAAAUUUUGCUGUACAUGAUUGUUCUUUUGAAGCAUACACAACACCGAAAUUUGAAACCAAUAAAUAUACAUGAAUUCCCUGUCCAAGAAUUUUGUAUGGUGUUGCUGCUGUUAGCUUUGUUUUGCAGCCUUGUUUUAUGCGUCUGGACUAUAUUCUGAGGUAUACACAACACCGAAAUUUUCCCA